CAUAUGGUUAUAAUCUUAUCUAAAGCUGAGUAGGGAGACAAAAAUAGGGCCUGUGCUUGUAGCAGUUAUAUAAAUGCAAUUUUGAAAACUAAGUGAAUAAUAAGCUCAAUAUUUAAAAUAAAAGAUAAUUUCAUAAAAUAUUCAUUUUAUUAAUCAUAAAGAACUAUGGAUGCUGUGAUAAGAUUCGCAAGAAGAGAAGAUUGUUUCCAAAUUAGGAAGCUCAUUCAGGAGUUGGCCAAUUUUGAAAAUAUGCCUGAAGGACCUGUAAUUGAUGCUAAAAAGUUGGAACAUGACGGCUUUGACAAGGACAAAAAACCAUACAAGUGCCUUAUUGCCGAAGAAAAAGCAUUGCCUGGAAUUAUAAUCGGUUAUGCCAUUUUCAAUAUUGGCUAUUCAGUCAGAAAAGGAAAAUACGUUUAUCUUGAGGAUAUUAUGGUAACGGAGAAGUACCGAGGAGCAGGGAUAGGUGCAAAAUUGCUAUCGAAAGUCUGUCAGGAAGCAGUAAUCCAAAACUGCGCAGCAGUGUAUUUCGUUGUCCUGGACUGGAAUCCAGCGGUUGAGUUCUAUGCACAUUUUCAAGCUCGGGAUAUUACCAAAAGAGACAAUUGCCAUUACUACGUAAUACAGAAAGAUAAAAUGAUCGAAAAUGCAAAUAAAUAUUGUCAGGAAACAUAUUUGUAGAUAAGAAGUUAUAACAUACACUAUAUUUCACCAAAUACACUAUAUUUCCAAUUGUAAAAAUAGUUUUAACUUUAUUGACUUAUACUAUACAUUGUAAAGAUUUGUAAGAGGUACGUUGAGGUACGCGAAGUGAUGAACAUUUAUUAUGGUCAAAUUUGAUCAUAAUAGUCUGUUGAUUUAUAGACCAGGUGAUAAUCACAUAAUCAAUCUACAUAUGUAAAUUAAAUUAAAAAAAAAUUCUAUCUCUUCUAUCUCAAUAUGCAUGUACAUAUGUAUUUAAUAAUAGCAUUUUUAACACAUUAGUGCAUAUAUAUUGAAAAUAGAAGUUUAUAGUAAUCAAAUAUAAAAUAAAACAUGGUUUUGAACAUCAUAUAAAUUGUUU